AUGCACAGACUGAGGUUGAUAUUUCAUUGUUGGACAACAAAUCCCACCAUGAUGUAUCGCAACACCAUCCUCACCCUCCUGGCGGGAGCAUCAUCCGUCACCGCCGCCAUGGAUCCCAUCAACGCCAUCCUCCGCGCCCGUCAGCUCCAAGACAGCAUCACAACCUCCACGGGGGUCCUGGACCCCUGCAUCAGCACCCUCACCUCAAUCAGCAGCAGCGCCCCCACCCCGCCCCCGGAAGUCCUCGAGUACGAACUGAGCAAGCAGUUAGAAAGUAUCAAAACCGCGACAGCCCCCCCGGGCUCUCGAAUCGACGACGCUGCAGAUAUAUUGUCAAUUUGCUCUAGCGCCUUUGAUGAAGACAGGACCAGGACUACCACCACCUAUUACCCCCCUGCAACUGUUAUCGGCAGCGAAGAAUACGAUAGAUACCGAACAUCGGUUCUUUCCUGGUAUUCUUCGCUCCGUCCUGUUGUGUCCGAGUUUGCGCAGACAUGUUCGCUGAAGUGGCCCGAGAAGGUGGGUCUGCUUUGGUUGGCGUUCAUUGACAAUGAAGAAGAUUGUUUCAAGGCGUACAGCCUUGCGGUGGGGAUCACAGCCACGGAACCCCCCACGGAGAUUAUCACACGGACACGCACUGUUCCCAUUGAGACGGAGGCUUCGACGACAGGGACGGGGAUACCUGCUGAGGAGACUGAAACUGAGGAACCUGCCGAUGAGACGGGGACGUCGACGAGCGUCAGUACUGCGGGCGCUGCCAGGGAGACUGGGUAUAUGGUUGCUGUGGUGGCCGCUGCGGCUGGUGUUGCUGGCGUGAUGGGCGCUAUGUAA